UUAGAGAAUCGAGGGACCUUGUAGAAGCGAGCGGGGCUGGAUCUGGUGUCGCCUUAAGGGUCGCUCGAUGCACAGGAAGGGAUGUCCCUCUUCUUCCGGGCCGUGUCCGAUAAAAGCAAAUCCAGGGAGGCAGGAGCAGGGGUUGAGGAAGCCCAUUUAAACCGAUGGGGUCUGACCGGCAUCAAUCUCCAUCCGUAUCAGCUGGAAGGUGUGAACUGGUUGACACAUUGCUAUGGAACAUGGCAUGGCUGCAUCCUGGGUGACGAAAUGGGCCUUGGGAAGACUUGCCAGACCAUUUCUCUACUUCUUGUUCUAAGUGGAAAGCUUAAUAAAAGGCCUUUUUUGGUCCUUUGCCCUCUGUCUGUGUUAAACAACUGGAAGGAGGAACUUAACAGAUUUGCUCCACGGCUUUCCUUCAUAACAUAUUGGGGAGACAAGGAAGAAAGGACUGAGCUACAACAGGAUAUAUUCUCAAAUAAUAAUUUCCACAUUCUGCUAACUACAUAUGAGAUAUGCCUUAAAGAUGCUUCAUUUUUGAAACGUUUUAACUGGGCAUGCCUUGUUGUGGAUGAAGCUCAUAGGCUCAAGAAUGAGGAUUCAUUACUUCAUAAAACACUCUCAGAGUUUUCCACAGAUUUCUGCCUUCUGCUGACUGGCACUCCGAUUCAGAAUAGCCUCAAAGAGCUAUAUGCCCUGCUUACUUUUAUUGAACCAGUUAUAUUCCCCAAGGACCUAGCGGAAAAAUUUGUUCACUAUUACCAUGAAGUUAAAAAGGAAAGCAAAACAGCACAAGAACUGCACAGUCUGUUGAAGCCCUUCUUGCUCAGGAGAGUGAAAUCAGAAGUUGCAAGUGAGCUCCCAAAGAAGAUGGAGAUCAUUCUCUACCAUGGAAUGUCAGCAUUGCAAAGGAAAUUUUAUAAGGCUAUUUUGACGAAAGACCUAGAUGCCUUUGAAAAUGAAACAGGGAAGAAAGCUAGACUUCAAAAUGUUUUAAUUCAACUCCGGAAAUGUGUUGCUCAUCCAUAUUUGUUCAACGGUGUUGAACCAGAACCCUUUGUCAUCGGAGACCACCUCAUCGAAGUCAGCGGAAAGCUGAACUUGUUGGAUAACCUUCUCGCUUUCCUGUACGCUGGUGGUCACCGUGUAUUGCUGUUUUCCCAGAUGACCAACAUGCUGGAUAUUCUGCAGGACUAUAUGGAUUACAGAGGUUACAGCUAUGAGCGCUUGGAUGGAUCUGUCAGAGGUGAAGAAAGACACCUUGCCAUUAAAAACUUUGGUCAGCAGCCCAUUUUUGUCUUCCUCCUGAGCACCAGAGCAGGUGGAGUUGGGAUGAAUUUAACUUCAGCAGACACAGUUGUUUUUGUUGACAAUGAUUUUAAUCCACAAAAUGACCUGCAAGCAAUAGCAAGAGCUCACCGGAUUGGCCAGAAUAAGCCUGUAAAAAUUAUUCGUUUGAUUGGGAGAGACACAAUAGAAGAGAUAAUCUAUCGACGAGCAGCAUCAAAGCUCCAGCUAACUAAUACCAUUAUUGAAGGAGGUCAGUUUGCACUUGGAACCCAGAAAUCACAGGAAACUGAUAAUAUUCAGCUGAGUGAAAUCCUGAAGUUUGGUUUGGACAAAUUGCUAUCAUUGGAUGGGAGUACUAUCUGUGAUGUGGAUUUGGGAAAUAUUCUCGGAGAGACCAGAGAAGGAAUAUGGGUGAUGGAUCCUGUGCUAUCCACCACAGAUGGAAACGAAGAGCAAAAUCUAGAAAGCCACAUGUACCUGUAUGAAGGCAAAGACUACUCCAAAGAAGUUACCAGAGAAGACCAGAAAGCCUUUGAUCAGCUGCUUGAUCUUCAGAAAGUUCUCCUUGAAGAUGUCAGUCAAGAAGGAAGAGCUCUCCGAAAUAAAGCAAAUGUCCUUGUGAGCAUCGAGAUGGGUCCCAGUAAGAAACGGCAGAAAUUAAGUCCUGAAGAGCUGGAAGCCAGGCGUAGGAAGGUACAAGAAGCAGCAGCCAGAAGGGCCAGGAUCAAGGAAGAACAAAGACAAAAAAAGGCAGAAGCCGAAGACCAGAAAAAGAUGGCCUGGUGGGAAGCUAAUCACUACAGGUCUUGUUGCCUUGAGUCAGAAGAGAGCAGUGAGGAGGAGGAAGAGGAGGAGGAGGAAGGCGGCAUGUUGAAUGUCCAUUUGGAUUACACUGAUACAAACCAGACCUCCAUCCACUAUAUUAUGGGUGAUGUCACUCAUCCCUCAGCUGGGGAAGAGGAUGUCAUCAUUGUGCACUGUGUAGAUGAUUCAGGCCGCUGGGGGAGAGGAGGCUUAUUUACAGCUUUGGGGAACCGUUCUGACCAGCCAAAGAAGAUAUAUGAACAGGCAGGAAAGAUGAAAGAUCUGAAAUUGGGAGGAACUCUCUUAUUCCCGAUUGAUGAUAAGGAAUCCAGAAACAAAGGACAGGACUUGCUUGCCCUUAUUGUUGCGCAGCACCGAGACUGCUCCAACAACUUGUCUGGAAUUAAGCUCCCUGCUUUGGAAAAAGGAUUAAAGAAAAUCUAUCUGGCAGCCAAGAAAAGGAAUGCAAGUGUCCACCUACCUCGUAUUGGACAUUCAACCAAGGGCUUUAAUUGGUACGGAACAGAGCGUCUCAUCCGCAAGUACCUGGCAACAAGAGGAAUUCCCACAUUUCUAUACUACUUUCCUAGAGCUAAAGUACCGUCGCAAGUUUCCACAACAUCAGCAUCAACUACACAGUCUUAAAGCUGUUUGCAGUGCACACUGAUCUUUCCUUCAACUCAUCUGCAGACAGUCAGCAUUCAUGUCGCUUUUUCAAUUGUUUGAGAUAUUGUUGUAUGCAUGUAAAUCUGUUUCUAUAUGAGGGGGAGGACUGUGCUUUAUCAGGACUGGAUCAAGUGUUUGGUCAUGCUCACAGGCCCAUCUACACUGCCAUAUAACAUCCAGAUUAUCUGCUUCGAACUGGAUUAUAUGGCAGUGAUACACAAACCUUCCAUGAGUGGCUUUAGUGUUGUGCUGAACAUGACCUGCUGGCCUCUGAGAACAGUUCAAGUCAAGAAGCCAAAAAGAAGCAGAUUAAGAGCAACAUGAUAGACCUGUGUCUUGGUUCUUCAUCUCCUGGUUUUAUUCCUUCACCCUGUAGAACUAUUGAUUUUUUUUAUUUCUUGAUUUAAUUUUGUCCUGGUACAUGGGAUUUUUACAUUCUUGUUGAAAUGUAGUGUGAAUGCUAAAAUGACAGAUCUUGCUUUUCAAAGCGAUAGAAUCAAAUCUAUAUAAAGAUAUUUUGCUUCAAGAACUCAUCUUUUACAAAAAUAAAGAUCUGGAAUGGGGUUUAUGAUAGACAAGAUUGUCAGUGUUUCCUAGCUGAAAGUACUAUCCUAAGGACCAGUCAGAAUGUCAUAGGAGAUGAAGAAUGGCUUAUUGAUUGACCUGGUGAAGAGUCUCAGCAUUAACUGUCAUGUUGAGUGUAAAUUCUUCAGGGAGUCAGGCAAAACUGUAUUACUAGUAACUUGUAACCUUUAAGGUUGAACCCAUCCGUUUGUCUGUACAAAGAACCAGCCUGGCCACAACGAGUCCAGAAACACCAAAUGGCCAUGAUGUUAAUCCCAUGUCAAUACAGUCCUCCUCUAUGUCCACAAUGUUUCUAGAGACCACGUUUAGAUAUUACAAGUGAUGCAUCCAUCUUUUGAGUAAAAUAAAUCUACUUAUUAAGGAAUUAUUAAA